AUGCCUGAUUUCUCCCUUCCCUGUAUCUUCCUCGUCGCUGUAGUCUCCUAUAUCGCGUACAAAUACGCGAACAAAGUUUCUCGUUUCCCUUUGCCUCCGGGACCGCCCAAAUGGCUCUGGAUAGGCAACUAUUUCCAACUGCCUGUAAUUCACGCAUGGAAAAUAUAUGCUUCCUGGGCAAAGCUUUAUGGUAUUCCAAGACUCAAUCUUUGCAGGUCCUCUUACCUAUCUCCGCUGUUUGGGCAGACAACCAUCAUUCUGAACACCGGAAAGGCCGCCACAGAUCUGCUAGAAUCUCGUUCGGCGUUAUACUCUGAUCGACCAGUCUGGGUCAUGGGUGCUUUAGCCGGCCGAGCUCGUAGCGCCUUCCAUAUCCCCUAUGACCACCCUCAAUUCCGGUCAUACCGCAAGAUGCUCCAUUCCGGUCUGAACCCUCGCAUCACGCGUACCUACAGGCCAAUCCAAGAGCGCGAGCUCAAUACACUUCUCAAGAAUCUGUUGGAAACGCCGGAAAACUUUAUCUCUCAUCUGAGGAGGAAUGCGGCGGGAAUGGUCCUGAAGGUUGCCUACGGUUACGAAGUGUCGACCGGUAGCGACGACUUCAUUGAUCGCAUCGAAAACUUCUUCCAAGAAACCGAGAAGCAUCUGAGUCGUCCCUACCUUGUCGACUUCAUUCCCUUUCUGCAAUAUCUGCCAGAAUGGUUCCCCUUCGUCGAUUUCAAGCGAAUUGCUCGGGAACAUAAAUCGAUGGAUGUCGAAUCUUUCACGUACAACUGGGCAAAGAACCUCAUUGCCUCUGGCAAUCACAACGACUCCUUCGUUUCUCACUUCCUACAACGUGAGGGUCACGAAACACCUGGAGAAGAAGAAGAAGAAGCUAUCAAAUGGUGUAGUGCAGCCCUUUAUAUUGGGGGCGCAGACACCACCGUUUCUGUAAUGACGUCUUUCUUUUAUCUCAUGACGAUGUACCCUGAUGUACAAGCGCUUGCACAAGCCGAGAUCGAAGAAGUCAUUGGAACCGACCGCCUCCCUAUGCUGGAUGACAGAGGUUACUUGCCUUACAUUGAUGCUCUCAUCAAAGAAAUCAUUCGAUGGGGACCAGUCGCACCUCUAGGCCUUCGUCACCGUGUCAAGGAGGACGAUGUGUACUUAGGGUAUCAUAUCCCCAAGGGCGCCACCGUCAUUGCAAACAUAUGGGGAAUUACGCACGAUUCUGAACUAUAUCCUGACCCACAUACGUUCAGACCGGAGCGGCACAUGGGACCGCAUCCUGAGACAGACCCGUACAAGUUCGUCUGGGGUUUCGGUCGUAGAGUGUGUCCCGGCGCUCAUCUGGCCGAGCUGUCUCUCUUUCUGAAUAUCUCCAAUAUCCUUGCUACCUUCAACAUCAGCAAAGCAUUAGACGCACAAAAACGGGUGGUAGAGCCGCAGAUCGAGUGGUCCAACGCGACAGUCUCGCAUAUUAAGCCGUUCAACUGUCGCAUAACACCUCGGCCGACCGUUGCACUAGCCUGGCUUGCCGAUUAG